AUGGCACGCACCAAGGAGGACGUUACCGACAUCAACACCUUGGCGCUGUUGGGCAAGAAGCAAGUGCUCAAGCGUCGAUUUGGCUUCUGGUCGCUCUUUGGGUUUGCCGUGUGUGAACUUAUCACCUGGGAAACAGUUCUCGCGCUUUUCAGUCAGGGGUUCAACAAUGGGGGUCCCGCGGGAUUGGUCUACGGGUUCAUCAUUGCGUGGUCCAGCACGCUGUCCGUCUACACCGUCAUCUCCGAGCUCGCGUCCAUGGCCCCGAUCGCCGGCGGACAGUACUACUGGGUCUACAUGCUCGCCCCGCCCCGCUGGAAGGUGUUUAGCAGCUACAUCAUCGGGUGGUUGACCUCGCUCGCGUGGAUUGCGACCGUGGCGACCGAGACCAUCUUCGCGGGGACCAUGCUUCAAGGCCUGAUCAUUCUCGACUACAAGGACUACGACGCCAAGCGGUGGCACGGCACGUUGCUGGCCUGGUUGGUCAUGGCCGUCGCCGUCUUCAUCAACGUCGUGAUUCCCGGGGCGCUGCCCAAGUUCGAGAUCUUCAUCAUCGUGUUUCACAUCGCCGGCUUCAUCACCAUCCUCGGCGUGCUCUGGGCCUACGCGCCGCACAACUCGGCCCACUUCGUCUUCGCCACCUCGCUCAACGAAGGCGGCUGGUCCACCCAGGGACUGUCGUACUGCGUCGGCUUUCUGGGCAACGUGGCGACCUUUGUCGGUGCCGACGCGUCGGUCCACAUGGCUGAAGAAGUCGAGCACGCCGCAGUGAAUAUUCCGCGGGCCGUCAUUGCGAGUAUGUGCAUCAACGGGCUUGUCGGAUUCGUCAUGAUGUUGACGGUGCUAUUCUGUCUGGGCGACGUGGACUCCGUCUUGGACACGGCGACGGGAUAUCCAUUUAUCCAGAUCUUCUACAACAGCGUCAAUGGCAUAGCAGGCGCCACCGUUAUGGGCGCCAUCGUGCUGGCGUUGACGUGGGCCUGCGCGACGGGCAUCACGACGACGGCGUCGCGCAUGACCUGGUCGUUUGCGCGAGACCGGGGCACGCCGUUCAGCAAGCCGAUCAGCUACGUGUCGCGAGUGCGGCGCAUCCCCGUGGUCGGCGUCGGCGUGGUGGUCGGGUUCGCGGCGCUGCUGACGCUGAUCUACAUCGGGUCGUACACGGCCUUCAACGACGUCAUCUCGCUUACCAUCACGGGCUUCUACUGCUCGUAUUUCCUCCCCGCGGCGUUCCUGCUGUGGCACCGCGUCAAGGGCCACAUCAGCCCGCACAAGCAGGACACACCGGGCCUGCCGAUCGGCGACGACGGCGGGAUGCUGGAGGGGUCCGCCACCACUUCGGAGCAGCAGCACGCCGGCGAAAAGAUUGCCUCCUCCUCCUCCUCCUUGCCCGGUGGGGCGGGGGGAGACUCCAAGAAGCUCGAAUCCGACCUCGCCGGCGGCUACGCGCCUACUGGCGGUCCAGAGAUCAUGACGGACGGCCGGCGACCCUCGUUGGUGGUGCCGGUGCAGGAGCUGCGGUGGGGGCCGUUCCACCUGCCGGAGCCGCUGGGCACGAUCAACAACCUGUACGCGUGCACGUACAUGAUCUUCGUCAUCUUCUGGAGCGUGUGGCCGCCCGUGACGCCCGUCGACGCCUCGACCAUGAACUACAGCGUCGUCGUCACCAGCGGCGUCGUCAUCUUCAGCAUCGUCUGGUACUGGGUCCGAGGCCGCCACGAGUACCACGGCCCCACCAUCGAUGACGAGGUCGCCAGCGUCAUGAGGCUGGGCAGCAUCGUCGCCGUCUGA